ACCCAUCAUAAUUCAAGAUGGCGGCGGCAUCAAGCUCUUCAACCGAUGAAGUCGACGAGUUAUUUUCGCGGUUUAUGUCCGAGGUACGAGCAAUUUAUUCUGUCUUACUUGAUUUUAAUAAUUAGUGCUUUUUGUCGGACUUUUUUGGAACUUGCGUGCGUUCCGUAAUAGCUUACGUAAUGCGGCUUUUAAAAUUUUCAAAAAGCUUAUUAAAGCUAAUUUGAAAUCAGUUAAGCUGAAGCUUGCAUGUUUUUUUGUAAAAGAUUGAUCACAUGUAUAAGCUAAGUUUCUUUUUAGAAUCAGGGACCUGGAACUGUGAUUGUUUUAAAACAGCGGCAUGCCUGUGUAAAACAGCUUUCAGUGUUUUUAGUCUUCAAAGGAAACUGUACUGCCGGGAGUAAUUAAGCUUAUAAUUAAAUGAAAGCGUAAAUUAAAAUUCUCUGUUUUUUAAAACGACCAUAAUGUAAUGAUGUAAUGCCACACAAUCAUGUUUUGAUAAUCAGAGAUAUAAGUUGUGGGAACCUCGCACUAUUUGCACAGUCAUGAUACUUUAAGUGUUGUCCAGAACUUUUUUACAAGAUUCUUUUAAUGCACUCAGAAUAUCUAGCUAGCUAUUUUGUACAAUUCUUGUUUUCAUGUAAAUCCUUAUAUAUAAAUAGUUUCGAACAAACGGAAUGUAAGAGCAUUAGUUUUGAUGACCCGCAAAAUUUCUCAUAGCUAUUAAUUUACGUUGAGGGUACAAGAUGUGCAUCAUGUAUUGAUAGCAUGUUUUAUACGUAGCAAAGUGUAACAUUUUAGUUUAUGGGAUUAUCUAUAUCAAAAGACACCUUAUUCCUAACUGGUGGCAAAUGCAACUACAGUAACUGUAGACUACGAGUAAUCCCCACUUUUCCUCCGGAAUAGAAGAGCGAGCAAAACACGAGUGCACUUGAAAAUCACCCCAUGCGAGAAAGGCGAGAUGCGGCGGUGAGGGAGAAACAUGACGGACUACAUACAAAGCCCAAUUCAGCUUUUGACCUUAUGCGUUGCUCUCACAACGCAAAACUCUGAUUGGCUCUUCCAUGGAAAUCUGUCAGCAUCCAUCAAAAAUGUGCCAAUCCAGCAACUGAUGAGGUUCGCACGGAGAAUUGAAACCAUGGUCUUGCCUGAUCACAAGUGGCAAUAACAGAACAGUUGUAAGGCUGUUAAGCUUAUCAGGGUGCUUAUUCAGGCAAGGGAGGAUCUAUGUGCUCCAGUCUAAAGGCUCACAUUAUCUGUAGAGAAACAGGCAGGAGUUAAAAUUCAUUGCUUUGAGACCAAUCAUGACUGAGUCACAUCGCAAUUCCCCAUAGUUAAUGUAGCUUCAGUUUAAGCAGCAAUCUAUUCUUUGAGAUUUGGAUCUGUAAAUCGGUAUCCGUGAGAAUUUAACAUCCUGCUAAAAAUGCUAAUGAGCUGGGCCGAGUGUGACAAAACAUUACAGGAAACCGUCACAUUCAUGGACAAAAAGAAAAUCACUUAUAAUUAUUUAGAUCCAGGAGGCAUUUUGCUGGAGAAAUUUAACAACCUAAAACGCUCAUUUAGCUGCAUUGAACAGCUUUACUUUUCAAAAGAGGUCAAAUAAAAUGCUCUUGCAUCAGAGAGCAAAUCAUGCCGACCUUAAAAACAAUAACCACAGAAAAUUAUUAUGAAUGUCUGUUAUACAUGGCAAAAAUCACAUUUGCUCAGUCAAAACGUUUUCCUUCAGAGCAUAAUAUACCCAUCGGAGAAACAAAAAUUCAUUGGAACAAGCAGCACUUUGGCCUUUUACACUAUCAAGGUCUUUAAGCGAAACAGCUUCAAAGAAAAUUAGUAUCUGGGUUUUCUUUUACUUGCAAUGAAAUAAUAUCCCCCACAGUUUACCAAUGACAAGAGCAAUGACAGCUAAAUGAGAGAAGGAAUCCCAUUGGAUGUGCUUAAUUGAUUUGAAAGAGGAUACGAACUUCACACUUCAAAAUCAGUUGGCCGUGAAGGGUCAAGAGCUUGGGCUUUGUCUGUAGUCCCUCAUUUUCUCUCUCCCCACCACAUCUUGCCUUUCUCACGUAGGGUGAUUUUCACACGUGCUCACAUUUUGCUCGUCUACUAUCCCUGAGGAAAAAUGGGGACUACUCAGUAGUCUAUAGUAACUGGGGCCACCUAGACAAAGUUGACCAAUCAGAUUAUGGGAAAAUAACAAUACUUGCCAAGAAAGUUGGUUGUAGGCCAAUCAGCAGCUUGUAAGAAGUAAGGAAGUAAAAAAGUAAGUAACUUUAUUUAGCCAGGGUAGCCCAUUCAGCAACGAGACCGGUAUCCAUAGGGACCAUGAGAAAUAAAGAAUAAGAUGUAUACAAUUUAAAAAUUACUGAGUUUAAUGUCAAUUAUGUACAUGAUAAAAAUCAACAAUAAUACUAUAAAAAUCCAGCUAAGUCAAUAUAAAAAGUGUGUACUGUAAGAAAUAAUAUUAAAGCUAUGCUGUAAGUUAAAAUACUUAAGCAAUCAUCAUAUUUUUAAUUUGCCCAUAUUACAUUUCGGCUUUGGUGGGUGCAGGUUGUUCGUUCUCGUACAUGUAGUUGCAUGAUUGUGCAAAUCCGCAUUCCUUGUAAAAUAUUGAGUAAGAUACUAAUUGGCCACCAGACUACUUAAGCACUUAAAAACUAGAAUACAUUUGUGCAUUUUCCUUCUGGAAGAUAGAGUUAACCAGUUAAGCACAUGGAAAGUGUCAUUUGAGGUGUUCUUCCAUAAUAUAAUUAGAGCUGCACGGUUCUGUAGGUGGUGUAACUCUUUUCAACACCCCUCUGAGAUUCCCUCAUGCAACAUCAGUAUAGUCAAAUAAUGGCUGCAAGAGUGAAGUAUUUGCCUGCUUAGAAGCUUCCAGCAUGAGACAUGAUUGUACAUGAGACAAAUACCGUAGCCUCCUGCUGACCUUGCUGCUUACAUACUCAACGUGAUCUUUCCAAGAAAGGUUCUUAUCUAACUCAACACCUAAUUAGCUAAAUUAGCUACUCUUUCUAAAGUCUUUCUGUAUACAUGUAAUGAUUUUCGUCUUGGAAAAAGCCUAUUUCAUUGCCAACAUGUCUGGUCUGGCAUGGUCUUGCCAGCCAGUUCUGACUUUGGAAAGCACCCUUAGUAUGAAACUUGUGCAGAGGGAAGAGAGUUUUCAAAUCAUGCCCGGGUUCAUACAAGGAGACUGAUGAAAAAGGCAAAAAAAAAAAAUACUCGCCUGCACUUCCUUCUAUUUAUUUUUAAUACUACAUUCCUAAUAACUUAUUCAAAAAGAAAAAGGAAAGAGAGAAAGGAAGGAAAAGUGGAGGACAGGAAAAUAAAGGGAAACGUCAAAACUGCUGUAACACUUUUUAACCCAAAAGACAUCUCAAAAUUUUGCUUUCUGUGCAUAUGCAAUUUGUUGAAGCUAACAUUUGCAUCUGGAAUGGAAGGCUGCAAAGUGCUUGAUCUCUGAAUAGUGUUUUGGGUAGUUUUAGCUUUUAAUAGCCAGACAAUGACUGGAGGUUUUUUCUUUGCAGAGGGGGAGGGUGGGGGGCAAAACUCUCAGGAGCACAUUAUGGGCUACAGGGGCGGAUCCAGGAUUUUUUUUAGGAGGGGGUGCGCUCAUCUCUUGCUCCACUUCAACACCAAUAAACCACAUACUUUUUUUUUUUGCAGAAUACCAGAUGUAUUAGAAAACCGCAGGUUAUCUCGGGGGAGGGGGGGUGCGCACCCCUUGCACCCUCCCCCUAGAUCCGCCCCUGGGGUAUUCAUAAGACCCCAAGUAUUAUUCCUGCCCUGGGGAUGGAACCUAAUCAGUGAAAGAUUCCGGCAUUCUACUUUUUUACAAAAAGGUCAACUCUGCUGGUUAAAAAAAGCAGAAAAACUAAGUUUCUGCAUUCAUUUUCGUAGAACAAAAUGCAAAAUUGUUACCUUUUUUGUUUAUCCUUGUCGUUUAGGUUAAAAGUUAAGAAAAGGUACCUUUUUUGAAAAAAAAAGUCAGGUAUUUUCAGCUUUCAAGUGAUUGAUAUUUUGAAGGCAAUAUUGUCCGCUCUUCAUCCAUUUCUCACUUUACCAAAUGAUGUUUUAAAGUACAAAAGAGGUACCUUUUUUUUUGGUUUCAAGUGAUCUCAUGAAAGGCCCAAAAAGGUACCUUUUUUGCAGUUGGAAGCGAUGUUCUCAAAAGCGCGAAAAACCUUGGCAGUUGGAAGUGAUGUUGUCAAAAGUGGGAAAAAAGUACCUUUAUUAAAAGUCUUAAAAAAUGUAAAAUAGUGUUUUCAAGCCAUGGGAAGCCAUUUAGAAUCCUACUGAUUGACAGAUGUCAACCGUUUGGUGCCAUUUUAUGAAUUUUUUUGCCUGAAUUUACGAAUCCACUAGUCAAGAGAUAAAUAUUCCCCGUUUGUUGGCCAAGUUAAAAAAACAAUUGCUGAGCUUGACACUGUGACAGUGUCAGGUCGCAGUUUUAAAAUCUUUUCCCCGUGCUUGAUUUUGGCAUGGAUGUGAGCCAUGUCUUGAUCAGUGUCCGAGUGAAGGUGGAAGUAUUGUCACUGGUUAAGUGGUUAUCAGUGAAGGACAGGUGUCAGUUAUAAGUAACCUGAAGAGAAGCCGGGCCAGGCUCUUGUGCAUUUAAAAUGCUUUUUUUUGUUUCCUCGCUAAAAUGCUUUACCUUAAUGCUCCAUUUUCUCGAAUAACAUGCUCACCCUAAAAAAAUUCACUAAAAUGCGGACGAUGAGAUGGUGAUAAGUAUAAGUGUUAAAACAACCAGAAUGUAUGCUAAUGGCUUUAAUACACCAAAAGACAAUUGUCUAAACAGUGGCAUUUGAAUUUAUUUUUAUUUGGACUUUUGAGAGUUUAUUUUCUAUUUUCAUUUUCUCUGAAAAAAAAAAUUUUCCGAGAAAUUGCACCAAAAUUCUCGAAAAAAUGCUUGCAUGCUGUACAAAAGUCUAAGAAGAGGAAAGCUGUUCAGGCUUACUUUAUUAUUUAGUUAGGGGGUGUUAAAGGUACAGUAUGGUGGAAUUUUUACU